AUGGCUAAGGUGCAGUGUCUGAGAGGUGUAAAUGAUACUGAGAAGGAAAUGAACAAACAUGGCGUUGCUCAUAUAGCCGGCAGUUGUUUUCCUUACAUUGGGAUAGGUAAAGGAAUGUCUAUUGAAGAGUUGUGCAACAUUUUACAGAGAGUUAUGCGACAUCAAGAUCAAGAAAUGAGAAAUUUAACCGAUAAUCUGCUGUCAAUAAAAACUCAAGAAAUAAGUCGACUUGAAGAAACAAAACGUGAACAAACUGCCAAAAUAAACCGAUUAAACGAUGAACUAAAAGAGUCACGACAAAAAUGUCUGCAUCUUGCUGAGGCAGGUCCAGCAACUGAAGAUGUACGAGAUGAAGUUAAACAAGAAAACAUGCAUCUCAAAUUGCAACUUCAAAGUGCAAAAGAUGAACUAAAAGAGUCACGACAAAAAUGUCUGCAUCUUGCUGAGCAGGUCCAGCAACUGAAGAUGUACGAGGUUAAGUAUUCUGAAGCUUCCCAGCAACUAGAUAAUCUUAACAAUACUGUUGUGCCCAAAAAGGAGUCUGCUAUAGACCAAUUGCAAGAAAAAUUAACACAUCUAACCAAAGAAAUCGAACGCCUGAAGGGUCAACUAGGUGACGAACUACCCACUCUGACUGAAAGAUCAAUUCAUCUACAAGAUAAAGUUGACACACUUACGGAACAAAACCAACAGUAUCAAGAAAAUAUCAAAAUACUUGAGGUCAGUUUGACGUCAUUAAGAGAAGGAUCAUUAAAAGCAAUGGAACAAGGGAAACAUAUGGAAUAUAUAAAAGAGCAGCUAAAGGCAAAAACAGAGGAAAUGGUUACAGUUAAGGCUCAGAUUGACCAGUGUGAACGAGAAACAAGGGUAUUAUGUGACAAACUGCUUACUCUGACUGAAAGAUCAACUGAUCUACAAAAUAAAGUGGAAACACUUACGAAAAAAAACCGACAGUAUCAAGGAAAUAUCAAAACUCUUGAGGCCCGUUUAGCAAUGGAACAAAGCAAACAUAUUAAACAUACAGAGGUGCAGCUUAGGGUGAAAACUAAGGAAAUGGUUAGCCUUCAGACUAAAUUUGAUAAUUUAAAAACACAAAAGGAACAAUUAGAAAGGAGUGAAUCUACCACGACACACUUACAGGAACAUGUAGAUCAAAUGUGUCAGCAGAACCAGUUAUUGGAUGCUGAACUAGGUACGUCACAAAGAGAAUGUCUGCAUCUUGCUGAGCAGAUCCAGCAACUGAAGAUGUACGAGGAGAAGUACUCUGAAGCUUCCCAGCAACUAGAUUAUCUCAACAAUACUGUUGUGCCCAAAAAGGAGUCUGCUAUAGACCAAUUGCAAAAAGAAUUAACAGAUCUAAACUUUGAACUAGGUACGUCACAAAGAGAAUGUCUGCAGCGUGUUGUACAGAUACAGCAACUUAAGAUGUACGAGAAGAAGUACUCUGAAGCUUCCGAGCAACUAGAAUAUCUUAACAAUACAGUUGUGCCAGAAAAGGAUUCUGCUAUUGACCAAUUACAACAAAAAAUAACAGAUCUAAACGGUAGGUAG